AUGGCGCCAGCGAUACGUAUCCCCCGGAUGAGGAGCUACCACACCACGGAUCUUGUCCGUGCCAAGACCGAUGCUCUUGCAUCGCUUGCCGACGCUCUUGCAUCGCUUGCCGACGCUCUUGCAUCGCUUGCCGACGCUCUUGCAUCGCUUGCCGACGCUCUUGCAUCGCUUGCCGACGCUCUUGCAUCGCUUGCCGACGCUCUUGCAUCGCUUGCCGACGCUCUUGCAUCGCUUGCCGACGCUCUUGCAUCGCUUGCCGACGCUCUUGCAUCGCUUGCCGACGCUCUUGCAUCGCUUGCCGACGCUCUUGCAUCGCUUGCCGACGCUCUUGCAUCGCUUGCCGACGCUCUUGCAUCGCUUGCCGACGCUCUUGCAUCGCUUGCCGACGCUCUUGCAUCGCUUGCCGACGCUCUUGCAUCGCUUGCCGACGCUCUUGCAUCGCUUGCCGACGCUCUUCCAGGGGAAGGAGGAGGACGAAAAGAUGCGUGCGGUGCCAGCAGGGGAGGGGAAGGCGCUAAGGAACCGGGUGCGGAAUGUGGACAUUCUGGGACGCGCACGACCGCAUGGUGCAGCCUGGCAGGAAGGCCACGUUCUUCCACCAUGCUCGCCACCAUGCUCGCCACCAUGCACGCCACCAUGCUCGCCACCAUGCUCGCCACCAUGCUCGCCACCAUGCACGCCACCAUGCUCGCCACCAUGCUUGCCGCCAUGCUCGCCACCAUGCUCGCCACUAUGCUCGCCACCAUGCUCGUCAGCGCCGUCUCCCACGUGAGCUCUCCUUUCCCCUUUCCUAGCUGUCUCAUGUUCCCUUGCCGUCUCCCACGUGAGUCGCAUGCUCCCUUGCCCCAAACCAUGUGCGUUCUCCUUAUGCCCGCCCAUACACGUUCUUCCUUACUCCAUCCCAUACGAGUUCUUCCUUUCUCCUUCCCAUACGCAUUCUUCCUUACUGCAUCCCAUGCUUCUCUCUCCCAUGUGCUUCUCCCCUAG